CCCCCGCAAGUUUCGGUGGGUCUGCGGGUCUGUUUGUCUGUCAGUCCGGCGGGCGGUCCGAGCCCAGGCUGCAGGCGGAGGCGCCAUUGUGGCGGCAGCAGGGACCGAGGGACCGAGUUGAGGGCGCGGGGGAUCCCCGCGCGCCCCCCGCCCGCCAGGGUCCGGGUCCCAGCCCCCUUCUCCCGAGGAGCCCCCGCAUCGCCAUGAGAGAGACUCUGGAGGCCAUCCGCUCUCUGGGUCUGUCUGUGGGGCAGCCGGAGAUGGCCCCCCAAAGUGAACCGAAGUCAGACUCCCAUCAUGCCCAGGAUCCGGCGUCCCUGCCCAGGGGAGAGACAGUGCUGGGUGCGUGCUCAGGCUCCGAGGUCCCUGGAUCGGAGGAAGGAACGCCCUCAGAGCAAGCCGGGGCUCCCUGCAAAGAUGACCAGGUGCACCUACCACAGAAGACAGAGCCUGCAGACUCCUGCCCAGGGGAGGAAUGGAUGAUUCGGAAGGUGAAGGUGGAGGAGGAGGACCCCCAGGCCGAGGAGGACAUGGAGUGGCCCCAGCACCUGCCCGCACUGCCCAGCGGUCCCUUCCCCGCGCCAGACCUGGGGUCUCCAGCUGCCACCUACAAGCUGGAGCCGGGGAGCCCCGGGCCAUUGGACGAGUGGGGUCCCCCCCUGCCGUCCCCCCCGGAGAAGCCCUUCGGCUGCGGGGACUGCGAGCGGCGCUUCCGGGACCAGCUAACCCUCCGGCUCCACCAGCGCCUGCACCGCGGCGAGGGCCCGGGCGCCUGCCCCGACUGCGGCCGCAGCUUCGCCCAGCGCGCCCACCUGCUGCUGCACCUGCGGGCGCACACGGCCGAGCGCCCCUUCCCCUGUGCCGAGUGCGGCCGCCGCUUCCGCAAGAAGGCGCACCUGACCCGCCACCUGCGCACCCACACGGGCGAGCGGCCCUUCCCUUGCGCGCACUGCGGCAAGCGCUUCAGCCAGAAGAUCCACCUGGGCGCGCACCUCAACACGCACACGGGCGAGCGCCCCUUCCCCUGCGCCGAGUGCGGCCGCCGCUUCCGCAAGAAGACUCACCUGGUGCGCCACCAGCGCAUCCACACCGGCGAGCGGCCCUUCCAGUGCGUGCUCUGCGCCCGCAGCUUUACGCACAAGCAGCACCUGCUAAGGCACCAGAGGGUCCACGAGGCUGGCCUGCGCGCCCCCGCAACGCCGGGGAGCCCCGCAGCAUCCGCGCCCCAGCCCUUCACCUGCGCGCACUGCGGGAGCUGCUUCGGCUGGAAGGUGAGUCCGGACAGCGCCCUGGGCGAGUGCGGCCUGGACCCGGCCCUGGGCUGCGGCGAGUGCGCCCUGGGAGCGGCCCUGGAGCCCACCGAGGCCCCCCCAGACUCGGGCUGCGGCCCCGGCUCGGCCCCCACGGCGUCCCAGGGCGCUCCGGCCACUGGGCGCGCCUCCACCUGCUGCCCUCGGUGUGGACGGAGCUCGGCACUCGGGCAGCAGGUGACUCGCCCCCGGCGGGUGCCCCCCGACGAGCGGCCCUUCCCCUGUGCGCAGUGUGGCCACCGCCUCCUCCUCCUGGGCCCAAGGCCAGGCCUGGGGGCGCACCCGGGGGGGCCCGGAGGAGCCAGGCCCUUCGUCUGCGCGCAGUGCGGCCGCCGCUUCAGCCGCAAGUCGCACCUGGGCCGCCACCAGGCGGUGCACACGGGCAGCCGGCCCCACACCUGCGCAGUGUGCGCCCGCAGCUUCAGCUCCAAGACCAACCUGGCACGCCACCAGGCCACCCACACCGGCUCAAGGCCCUUCGCCUGUGCACACUGCACCAAGAGCUUCAGCCGCAAGACGCACCUCCUUCGCCACCAGCGUGUCCACGGCCCAGACCUCCUAGGCCCCAGCUGGGCUGCCACCACCGAGGUGACAACGACCACCUCUCUCUUCUUCUAAGCCUCAUCCUCCACGGACCCUCGUGACCCAACACCUGGGCCUUGGUCACCUAACGGCUACCCAGGCUGACCAAUUUCCUUCUCUUUUGCUGGGGGAAGGAAGAAAGAAGGAAAGAAAGAAAGCCAGCAGUAACAUUCAGUGACAAAGACCGUGCAGAGAGGGCACCUGUGAUGCUCAUCGUUCAGACCUGAACCCUUGGAAGACCCCUCUCCUCAGAGACCCCAGGACUCAGCAGACAUUCCCUGGACUUCUCCAGGCCCCAGGUUGAGAGAGGUUGUCUGAGCUCUCCAGGUUCGGUUAGAAUUUGAUCCAGAGCUAUGAUUUUUUUCUUGGGGGGGGAAGGGUCAGGGGGAGUAUGUCCCUUGAUGUUUGUCUCCCACUGUCCCACCUCCAUUAGCACACAGACGCCCAUACCCCUGGUGUCCUGAGUGAGUGACACUUAGCCAGCUGCUGGUCAGCGACUCUGCCGAGUCCAAAUACAAUACAACACCCAAAGCUCUCACGGGCAUCCACACAUUCUUCGAAAAGGGGGUCCACUCUAAAAGGGUGAGGUUUAUGCGGUGCUGAGGGGGUGGAGAGAGGCAGAGGGGUCCACAGCACCUCUCCACCAUCCAUAGAGCCACCCCCCCCCUUGGUGCUGUCUGUGGUGCUGCCAUGCGGUGCGCCACAGGACUCGGGCACUGCAAGGGAAUGAACUCUGCCUGCUGGACCCGCUCCCAGCCCCUAAAUAGAGCGUCGACGUGGUCAAUGUUUCCUUCUUCGUCAGUGAUACAGUGUGUGAUGUUCAUAACUGGUGAGCCUUGUGAUGUUCAGUGUUACCGUGCAUUCCAAGAUUGUCACACCAUACCAUUGGAAGGUUCAUAGUUCAGCUAUUUGCCAAACUACUACUGCCCCUAGUUCCUGCUCUGGCUCAGAAAUCGGUGUCCCCUGCAGCGUGGGGGAGGCUAGAAUUGUGCGGGAGCCCUUUGGCCACUUCCAUGGAGACCCUGUCUCAGAGGACUCCGGUGCUGUGUGCCUCUGCCUCUCUGUGGCUCCCCCAAGGGCAGCUCUGCCUGCCUGCCUGCCUGCGGAAACACCUUCCUGGCAGAGGAAGCUGACAUUCCCACUGCACUUUCCAGUCAGUCCCAUCUUUCUGUUGGACACUUAAUUCAGAAACUUUUAGCAGUAGUGGGAGAGGUGCCUGGCAGCAAAAGUGGGAGAGUUAGGCUGCUGGGCUUGGACCGGCAAGGUUUGCCUCUCGUGUGUGUGUGUGUGUGUGUGUGUGUGUGUGUGUGUAUGUGUGUAUGUAUGUGUAUAAUCGGGGCUUCAUGCAUCACCACAAUUCCACCACUUGGUGUCACUUUUUCAUUCAGAGAGAGAGAGAGAGAGCAGAUGGACCACACCUCUGAAGCUGCCUGCCCUGCUAUAGCACCUCCCAUGUGGUGCCAGGGCUUGGACCUGGCUGGGCCCCACAGGUGGCAAAACACCUGCUGAGCCCGCUGACUCGCCCUUUUUCCAACAAGGGCACCACUUAGCUGAGUCAGUCUUGCAUGCAAGUCCAGUGUGCUGCCACUGAGCUAUAUAAUGGCCCACUCCUCAGCACCAUGGAUAGCACCCAGAGUCCUAGGGGUGGUAGGGCAGGGCCAUGGGGUCUUUCAGCACCGUGGACAGCACCCAGGGAAAACUUGCCCCAUAGAUAGGUAGGACAGGGCUGUGGGAGCGGCUCCUCUCGCAGCACCAUGGACAGCGCAGGGGCAGAGCUCUGUGCAUCAUAGAGCAGUGUCAGAGUGUCUUCUCUGUCACGCCUCCUUUCUCUAAAAAGAGAAUGUCCAAGUCCUUUUGAAUUUGCAGCGGAGAGUUUGUUGUCAGUCUUAACAGCCAGUAGCUCUGUCUAGCAGCCCUCCCCCUCUUCACUCUGAAGUCACCUACUCUACCUCUUAAGACACAGAGACUGCGACUCCAGAUUCUGAAAAUCAAAUGCGCAAAAGGCCACACCAGUGUUUCUGUUGAAACAGAAACAGUCUGGAAUUCACCGGUAAGAACAACUUUUAGCUUCUGCAGUGGACCUGGGGGAGCACUGCCACGUGCCAGGAUUUCCACAUUCUCUUGCCUCCUCUCCAGGGCACAUCCUUGUCUUCUGAGCUUGCUUGCAAGGAACGAAAAAGUGAAAGCUGGUUGUAAUCUAAACAGAUGACGAUGCUGAAAAUGUAGUGUGUGGAGUGGGAGACCGAGGACUGUUCCCACGGUGGAGCUUGGGAGCAGGGCAGCGGUCGUCUCUCUGAUCAUUGCCGUCUCCAUGCCCCCCCCCCCCACUCUUCCCCUGUGAGCUGCCCCAGGUACAGUUACCUGUGUCAAAGCACUGCCACCAUUUCCCCCUUGGAACCACAGAGAGGUGUGUAAAAACGCUCUCAGAAGUAAAGCAUCCAUUUGCUAUGUCUACAUAUGGGAGAUACAUUUUUAUUUUAAUUCAUUUACUUAUUUUAGAGGAUCUGUUUUAUGUCAUGUUUUGGAGGAAAAAAACUGUGAGGGAAGGGGAGAUAGAGAAGGAGAGAGUUAGACAUCUGCAGCUUUGCUUCACAGCUAGUGAAGUUCCCCCUAAUAGGUGGGAACCAAGGGUUUGAACCUGGGUCUUUGCACAUUGUGACAUCUGUGCUCUACCAGGUGUGACACCACCUGGUCCCAAUUAAAAAUUUAUUUUAUUAUUAUUUGGGGGGGGAUACAUUGUUUAUUUCGUGCUUCACCAAGGAAUAAACCCAUGGUCUUGUACAUGCAUGCCACAGUCUCCACUGAGCAGUUUCCACAGCUCAGCUGUUUCAUUCUUGGUUUUGUCUUUUUUUUUUUGGAGGGGGGGGCAGAGAGGAUAGAAAGGUGGAGGGUGAGACAAUUCCCAGUUCUCCUUCACCACUCAGAAUUUUCUUUGGUGCUGUCCAUGGUGCUCUUUGAUGCUGGAGCCCAAACCUAGGGCUUCACUCCUGGUAAGGUACAGUCUCUGCUGGGUUAGCUUUGCUUCAGUCCCCAAGACCUGGGAAUUCAUGGAUGGAGCCCAGCUACAAGGCUUUUGUGGGGAUGGAAGGUUCAAAGAGACCAGGAAUCUGUUGCCUUCUGGUACUGAAGCAUGUUGGUGAACAAAAGACAGCAUCUUGCCAGCUGGGUGUGGCAGUACCUGUCACAUUGCAUUGAGAGCAUCUCAGUGCAGGGGGUGGGUGGGGUGGAUGGUGGAUGCCCACCCUUGACUCCCCUGCCACAUGAAGCCCAAAGUUCUAUAAGCCUUUUGAAGUGUGUAGUCUUUCUGUGUUAUUUUAAACACACUGGUUUCACCGAAUGCUUUUUUUUCAGCUGAUAACAAUGCUGGGUGGGGGUGGGGUGGUGUAUACUUCUUCUUGUUAUGACUUAUCUCAAAGAACUUUUUUAUGUCAUGCAAAAAUGAAGGAGGUGGGAGGAAGUGGUGGAAGGAGGAGGAGAAUUCAAAUCAGCAGCAGCAAAAGAAAAGACAGCGUCUCCUGUCUACUUGGGGAUCACCCCCUCUGCCACCCAAGGUUUCCUGAAGCAUCUCUGUUGAUGAAGCCAUGCCCAGUGUACUCCCAUUCUCUGAACUCCAAUUGUGGCAGUUCUAACCUGGUGAUAAGGUGGUACUUUUUUUUCUAAUGCGGCACCAGGAAGUGUACCCAGGACAUCACACAUAAACAAUACACUGAACAGCCUUCCCUGUCCAACAUUCUCCUUCAUUUCUUUUUUUUUUAAUUUUUAAAUUUUAUUUUCCCUUUUUGUUGCCCUUGUUGUUUUUCAUUGUUGUUGUAGUUAUUGUUGUUGUUAGAUUAUUGUCGCCGUUGUUGGAUAGGACAGAGAAAUGGAGGGAGGAGGGGAAGACAGAGGGGGGAGAGACAGACACCUGCAGACCUGCUUCACUGCCUAUGCAGGUGGGGAGCCGGGGGCUCGAACUGGGAUCCUUCCGUCGGUCCUUGCAGUUUGUGUCAUACGCACUUAACCACUGCACUACAGCCGGACUCCCAAAUUUUCCCCCUUUUGUUGCCCUUGUUGUUGUAGCCUUGUGGUUAUUAUUAUUGUUGUUGAUGACACUCGUUGUUGGACAGGACAGAGAGAAAUGGAGAGAGGAGGGGAAGACAGAGAGGGGGAGAGAAAGACAGACACCUGCAGACCUGCUUCACCGCCUGUGAAGCGACUCCCCUGCAGGUGGGGAGCCGGGGGCUCGAACCGGGAUCCUUACGCCGGUCCCUGCGCUUUGCACCACCUGGGCUUAAGCCGCUGUGCUGCCGCCAGACUCCAUUUCUUUUGAGAGAGGAAAAGAGAGAUGGAGAGAGACCAUAGCACUGCUCCUCCCUUUACGACUCUUCUUGGUGCUGUCCCUGGUGCUCCCAUAUGCCAGGACUCAAAUUCAGGGUCUGGUGCAUGGCAAAGCCUGCACUCUACUGGGCAAACUAUCCCGUGGCCCAAUGGCAGUUUGAUUUUUAAUGUUCGGAGUCAGUCCCAUACUGUUUCCCACUGGGCUUGCAUCACUCAACGCCCUGCCAGCAGUGCACAUGGACUCCAGUCUCUCCAGUCCUCACCAUGCCCACAGGUGUGGGGUGGCCUCCCGGUGUGGUUUUUUUUUUAAAUAUUUAUAUUUAUUUAUUCCCUUUUGUUGCCCUUGUUGUUUUAUUGGUGUAGGUAUUAUUGAUUUCAUCGUUGGAUAGGACAGAGAAAAAUGGAGAGAGGAGGCGAAGACAGAGGGGGAGAGAAAGACAGACACCUGCAGACCUGCUUCACCGCCUGUGAAGCGACUCCCUGUAGGUGGGGAGCCGGGGGCUCGAACCGGGAUCCUUACACUGGUCCUUGCGCUUGGUGCCCCGUGCGCUUAACCUGCUGUGCUCUGGCCCGACUCCCCCGCUGUGGUUUUGACAUGCGUUUCACCAGAGCCUGUCCCUUUAUAAAGAGGAGCCUCCUGGCGAGGAAGGAUGGAGAAUACUGAAUCUCACCCGCAGAGGUGUGGGAAGGGGGUGUCUCUGAGCAGGUGAGGUGAUUUGCCAAGACCUCACCCCCCAGGGUGCGGCUCUCCACCAGCCGGGCCCCAGUGGUCAUGUUUGCUCACCGGACUGAUUCUUGUCCAUCUCAGAGGAAAGGAUUAGAGACUCCCACCCCAGUGCCUGAGAGAGUCAGUCAUACUUGUGGGCGGCUGAGUCUUGAGAAACAGCACAGACUGUCUGAAAGGGGACUUGGGUACUUGAUGCGGAAUAUUCCAGAGGUGGCUGGCACACUGGGUCACUCUGUAGUCACUCUGUGCGAAGGGCACUGUUGGGUGUCAUUUAAAGAUCUUGCUUGGGUUUAUUUGAUUUGAUUUUUUAAUCUUUAUUUAUUGGAUAGGAACUUUUAGAAAUUGAGGAGGGGGAGGUAGAGAGGAAGAGAGAUGGAGAGACAUUUGCAUCCCUGCUUCACCAUUCACAAAGCGUUCCCCCUGCAGGUGGGGACUGGGGACUGGAACUCAGGUCCUUGCACGCUAAAACCGUGCCUUCAACCAGGUGUGCCAUCACCUGGCCACGCUUCAGUUUAUUUUAUAUAAGAAGUAAAGGGGAGAGAGAGAGAGAGGACAAACAGAGAGAGGGACAGAGAAAGAAGCCUGAGCACCACUCUGGCACAUGGUACAAGGGAUUGAACCAGGAACUUUAAAUAAGCAUCCUCGUCCUGAGUUCUAUUAGUUCUUUUCCUGGCUUCUCAACUAACUGGCAUUUUUAAUGGUUCAGGGCUUUCCAGGCAGAGUGAAACCUCCUUUCCUCAGUAAGGGCGGACUGUGGCAUCUGAAGCAGGCAUCACUGGUAGAGGGAACAUGCCCAGGCUGGUAAUUCACAGAGUCUGCUAAUCCCCCCCCCCCUCCGCCUGCCCCACACACACCCAGCUGCCAGGAGAAAGUGGCAGGGGCUGGCAGCACCUGGGGUUGUGUUUCUGAAGCAAAUGGAUGGAAAUCUGGGAGAAAGCCUUUGCUUCUCAGAGCCUGACAGUGGCCCAGCCUUGGCCCACCUCCGGUCUGAGAAUGCCCCCUGUGCACAAAGUAGUGGGUAGAGGUUGGGAGGGGCAUCAAGAUGCAAAUGCUUCCCCAAAGCUCUCUGCUCCUUUCCUGGGGCUUCCUCACAGAGGCCUGUAAGUGAGUGGGAGAGACUCCAUUUUUCACUUUAUUUAUUUUCCCUUUUGUUGCCCUUUUUUUUUUUAUUGUUGUUAUAGUUAUUGUUGUUGGUGUUGUCGUUGUUUUUGGAGAGGACAGAGAAAUGGAGAGAGGAGGGGAAGGCCGAGGGGGAGAGAAAGAUAGACACCUGCAGAUCUGCUUCACCGCCUGUGAAGCGACCCCCCUGCAGGAGGGGAGCCGGGGGCUCAAACCGGGAUCCUUACGCCAGUCCUUGCGCUUUGUGCCACAUGCGCUUAACCAGCUGUGUUCCCACCCCCGAUAAUUCCACUUUUAUUUGUUUAAGGAUUCUUUCUAUAGUCUUCUAAAAAGGGUUCACCAAUUUGCAUUCCCACCAGCAGAAGAGUUCCUUUCUCUCUCUUUCUUUUAAAUUUUAUUUAUUUAUUCAUGAGAGAUGAUAGGAGGAGAGAGAGAAAUAACCAGACAUCAUUCUGGUGUGUGUGCUGCAGGGGAUUGAACUUAGCACCUCAUGCUUGUGAGUCUAGUGCUUUAUCCACUGCACCAUCUCCCAGACCACACCUUUUUCUCCAACUCCUGUCAUUUCCAGUUUUUAUUUUAUUUUUUAAAUUUUUAUUGUUCUUAUUGAUGUCGCCGUUGUUGCAUAGAACAGAGAGAAAUGGAGAGAGGAGGGGAAGACAGAGAGGGGGAGAGAGAGACAGACACCUGCAGACCUGCUUCACCGCUUGUGAAGCGACUCCCCUGCAGGUGGGGAGCAGGGGCCUUGAACCGGGAUCCUUAAGCCGGUCCUUGCGCUAUGCGCCACCUGUGCUUAACCCGCUGUGCUACCACUGACUCCCUUUUAUUUUUUUAUAUAGGCCAUUCUCACAAGCGUGAGAUGGAAUCCGAGUGUAGCUUUAAUUUUUCAUUUCUCUAAUGAUAAGUAGAGUAUUUAUUCAUAUGUCUACAGGCCAUGUGUAUCUCUUCUUGAAAAAACUGUCUCUUUAGUGGAGGCAGACACUCCCAGGUUUAACCCCCACACACCAUCACAAGCCAGAGCUGAGCAGUGCUCUGAUAAAAACAACAACAACAACAACAAAGUCUAGUUCUUUGACCCACUUAGAAAAGUAUUUUAUUCACUUACAGUAGAGACAGAAACUGAGAGGAAAGGGAGAGGUAGAGAAGGAGAGAGGGGCCAGGCAGUGGUGCAUCUGUUUAAGUGCACACACACUACAGUGCGCAAGGAACUGGGUUCAAGCCCCUGGUCCUCACUUGCAGGGGGAAAGCUUCAUGAGUGGUGAAGCAGGGCUGCAGGUGUUUCUCUGUCUUUCUCCCUCUCUUCCUCCACCUCCCCUCUCAAAUUUUCUGUCUCUAUCUAUUAAUAAAUAAAUAGAAUUUAAAAAGAGAGAGAGAGGAAGAUGACACAGACAGCAUUGCAUCACUGCUCAUGAAGCUUUCUCCUUAUAGGUGGCACCUGGGGCAUGAACCCGGGUCCUUGCACACAACAACAUGUGUGCUCAACCUGCCGUGUCAUUGCUCAGCCCGUUACAUUUUUUAUUGGGUUAUAUUUAUUUCUUCUGUUGAGCUGUAUCAGUUCUUUAUAGAUAUUUGAUGUCAGUCGAUUGUCAGAUGUGUGAUGUGCAAAUAUCUUUUCCCAAGUAUUGGGAUGCCUGCUUAUCCUUGUGUAGUUUGCAUGCAGGGCUUUUUAAAAAAAAUUUAUAUGUAUUUAUUUAUUUUCCUUUUUGCCCUUGUUUUUUAUUGUUGUUGUAGUUAUUAUUGCUGUUGUUAUUGAUGUCAUCGUUGUUAGAUAGAAAUGGAGAGAGGAGGGGAAGACAGAGAGGGGGAGAGAAAGACAGACACCUGCAGACCUGCUUCACCGCCUGUGAAGUGACUCCCCUGCAGGUGGGGAGCUGGGGGCUCAAAAUAGGAUCCUUACGCGGGUCCUUGUGCUUAACCCGCUGCACUACCGCCUGACUCCCCGUGUUUUUAAUUUUUUUUUUUUUAAUUUAUGAGGAAGACAGGAGGAGAGAGAAAGAACCAGACAUCACUCUGUUACAUGUGCUGCCGGGGAUCGAACUUGGGACCUCAUGCUUGAGAGUCCAAAGCUUUAUCACUGAACCACCUUCCGGACCACAUUUAUUUAUUUUUAAGAUGGAAAUAGAAAGGGAAAAAGGAGAUAGAUAGAUAGAUAGAUAGAUAGAUAGAUAGAUAGAUUAUAAAUAGAUAGAUAGAUGAUAUGGAGGGAACCUGCAACACAGCUCCACUGCAUUUUUCUCCCUGCAUGUGGGGACCAGGGGCUUGAACCUGACUCCUUGCCUAUAGUAAUAUGUGUGUUCUAUCAAGUGCGCCAUCCCCCAGCCUUAUUGAAGCUUUUUAGUGUGACAGAAUCCCAUUUCUUUACUGUUGUUUCCAUUUCCCACGCCCACGGGGCUGAGUCUCCAAACACAUCUUUGAUGUGAAGAUCUUGCAAUGUUUCACUGAUGUUUUCUUUUAUGUAGUUUCUUUUAAAAAAAAUAAAUAAAUGCUUUUUUCCGCC